AUGUCUCUCGCCUCCCAACUAACCGCCAUAACCACUCAAUUCGAAGCCACCGCGCCCUCCCACGUAAAAGACCCCAUCAACCGCGCCAACGCCCACUUCCAACAAACCUUCUCUCCCACUCUCGCCCUACAACCCGGCUCUCCCUUCCCCCCAAUUACCCUCCCCAACGCCCUCAGCACCCCCAUCUCCAUCCCCACCCUCGUCCUCAUCACCCCCCUCCUCAUAACCUUCUACCGCGGCUCCUGGUGUCCCUUCUGCAACCUCGCGCUCCACAACCUCCAAACCCACCUCCCCUUCUUCAAAUCCCACAAUAUAACCCUCCUGGCCAUUUCUCCCCAACUCCCGGACCAAUCCCUCAGCACCGUUGAAAAACAUGAGCUAGAAUUCGAAGUCCUCUCCGAUGUGGGAAAUGUCCUAGCGAGAAAACUCGGGAUAUUAUUUCAGCAGCCGGAGGAGAUGCGACCAGUGUUUGAAGAACUGGGACAUGAUUUUGAGAAGAGCAAUGGAGAUGCGAGUAUGGAGGUGCCGGUCCCAGCGACGUUUUUGGUGGGCAGAGAUGGGAUUGUCAAGAGGAGUUUUGUGGAUCCGGAUUGGACGAAGAGGGUGGAGACGAGUAUGGUGAUGGGGUGGGUGGAGGAGUUGGAGGGGAAAGGGGAGUUGUAG